AAACAAAAGAGCCCGCUCCUCACACUCGGCUCUCCGCUUUGGCUCCUCCCAGUGUGUAGCGGGUGACAGCUGGGAGAGCUGCGUGCUGGUGAGAAGCCUUCAUCUCCAAAUAGGAUGAGCAGCCGCUUUGGUGCUCCGGAGCUACGAAUGGUUCGGACCGAUUCGCUGACGAGUUCUGUCGGAGCCGCACUUUGUUUCAGCUCACGGAUUUUUUCGAUACUUGGAUUUCCAAUGGAUAUUCCGAUGUGAAGAGGGGCGCGCUGACACGGCUGAAGUAAAGUAGUAAUCAGGAGCCAGUAGGCAGUGCAACAAUGAGGUCGGAGGCCUUGUUGCUGUAUUUCACCCUGCUGCAGAUAGCCGGGGCCGGCUUCCCAGAGGAUUCAGAGCCAAUCAGUAUUUCACAUGGCAACUAUACUAAACAGUACCCAGUGUUUGUUGGGCACAAACCAGGAAGGAACAGUACACAACGACACAAGUUGGACAUUCAGCUGAUUGUCAUAACGAACCGGACUCUUUACGUAGCUGCAAGGGAUCACGUAUAUACCAUUGACAUUGAAACAGCCAAUACGGAAGAGAUCUUUUUCAGCAAGAAACUGACAUGGAAGUCCAGGCAAGCUGACGUGGAUACUUGUAGAAUGAAAGGGAAGCAUAAGGACGAAUGCCACAAUUUCAUCAAGGUCCUUCUCCAGCAAAACGAUGACACCCUGUUUGUAUGCGGAACAAAUGCUUUCAACCCUUCCUGUCGAACUUACAAGAUGGACACCCUGGAUGCCCUUGGGGAGGAGAUUAGUGGAAUGGCCCGAUGCCCGUAUGACGCCAAGCAUGCCAACGUUGCCUUGUUUGCUGACGGAAAGUUGUACUCUGCCACGGUCACUGACUUUCUGGCCAUCGACGCUGUCAUUUAUCGCAGCCUAGGAGACAGCCCAACCCUGCGCACCGUCAAACAUGAUUCAAAGUGGCUAAAAGAGCCCUAUUUUGUCCAGGCAGUGGAUUACGGCGACUUCAUUUACUUUUUCUUUCGGGAAAUCGCCAUGGAGUACAACAGCAUGGGAAAGGUGGUGUUCCCACGAGUGGCACGAGUAUGUAAGAAUGAUCGUGGUGGCUCCCAGCGUGUGCUGGAGAAGCAGUGGACAUCUUUCCUAAAGGCCCGGCUCAACUGCUCCAUCCCUGGAGACUCGCACUUCUACUUCAACAUCCUGCAGGCCGUCACUGAUGUCAUCCACAUUAAUGGGCGAGAUGUUGUCAUGGCAACCUUCUCCACGCCAUUCAACAGUAUUCCAGGCUCAGCCGUCUGCGCCUACGACAUGGCAGACAUUGCUACGGCCUUCACAGGCCGCUUCAAAGAACAGAAGUCCCCUGAUUCCACCUGGACCCCUGUGCCUGAGGAGAAGGUGCCUAAGCCAAGGCCAGGAUGCUGUGCUGGGUCACCGUCAGUGGAGAAGUACAAAGUGUCCAAUGAAUUCCCUGAUGACACGCUGAACUUCAUCAAGAUGCACCCUCUGAUGGACGAGGCAGUGCCCUCCAUCGCCAACCGCCCUUGGUUUCUCAAGACAAUGGUUCGAUAUCGGCUCACGCGCAUAGCAGUGGAUAACGCCGCCGGCCCUUAUAGCAACUACACUGUCGUUUUCCUGGGCUCGGACAGGGGCAUCAUCCUCAAGUUUCUGGCGAAAAUGAGCAGCGGCUUCCUCAACGACAGCCUCUUCCUGGAGGAGCUGAGCAUCUACAACCCUGAGAAGUGCAGCAUCGACGGCAUAGACGAUAAGCGCAUUAUCAGCAUGCAAAUCGACAGCAAGAGCCAAUCUCUCUUUGUGGCAUUCACUUCCUGUGUGGUCAAGGUUCCACUGUCACGGUGUGAGCGACAUGGGAAGUGCAAAAAGUCCUGCAUUGCCUCCAGGGACCCAUACUGCGGCUGGGUAUCAGAGGGAGCCUGCAGAGAAGUCGUCUCCAGCACAAAAUGGUCAUUCGAGCAGGACGUGGAACAGGGCAACACAGAUGGACUGGGAGACUGCCAAAACUCCUUUGUGGCUUUAAAUGCAGGCCGCUCCUCCUCCACCUUUCUCAGCACUGCCCAGCCCGCCAGUGGGCCCUUGGGACAGGGCCGCAUGGUCGAGCCCAAGGAGUCACCCCUGCCCACCGAUAAGAGGGACCCUUAUAUCGCAGUGCCCUCUCUAACCCAGCAGGAGUCCACUGGAGUGAUUCGCGAAAGCUUCCAGAAAGGUCGGGAUCAAAUGGUCCCCAUCACUCUACUGGCCGUUGCUGUGAUCCUGGCCUUUGUCAUGGGUGCUGUCUUCUCAGGCAUCAUUGUAUACUGCGUGUGCGACCACCACCGGCGGCGGGACUUUGAGCUCACUGGACGCAAGGACAAGGACUCUGUCAACUCCAGGCGUGGCUCUAUGAAUAGCGUCACCAAGCUGACUGGCCUGUUUGAGACGCAGGCCAAGGAUGGCCGUCCCGAGGCUAUCCUUGCACCUUUGAUGCACAACGGCCGUCUGACCAACGGCAAGACACUCAUCAAGGCUGAGCAGCACCAUCUGGACCUGGCCGCUCUACCCACUCCAGAGUCCACCCCUAUGCAGCCACGCCGCAAACCAAGCCGGGGGAGUCGUGAGUGGGAGCGGAACCAGAACCUGAUUAACGCUUGCGCCAAAGACCUAGCCUCCAUGGGUUCACCGGUGAUUCCAACUGACCUGCCGCUGAGGGCCUCACCAGGCCACAUCCCAAGUGUAGUGGUGCUGCCUUUACAACAGCACCAGCAUCAGCAAGCCUACCAGCACGAGUAUGUGGAACAGCCACACUUGCCUGAAGACCAGGCCGCCACUCUGGAGUACAAAGCCAUCAAAAGUCCUUGCCACAGCCUUGCCAUGUCAGAUGGUGAUGGGAUACCGCCUCGAGUUCCACAGCGGGAGGCCUCCCUGGCUGCUGUAGUGCCGCCAGCAGUUCCACAAAUGGGCAAAAGGCUAGAUCUUUAUGGGCGCGGCUACCCAGCAGGCUCCAGCAAGCAGAAGAAGCAGCACAACACUAACUCCUCCAACUCCUCCCACUUGUCAAGAAACCACAGCUUUGGCCGGGCCGAGACUCCGCCACCAGCCCCCCAGAGGGUGGACUCCAUGCAUCUUGCAUCCCCUCCACCAGUGGGCCUCUCGCGACACUCCAGCCUCAGCUCCUAUGGCUCCCUGCCUCGCUGCGGUGGCUCCAGGCACCUCAAACCUGACGUCCCACCUAAACCCUCACAGGUCACCCUCUCUGCAAAAGUCAAGUCCAGUGACUCAUGCACAUAAAUCAGUGUAAGGGUAAAACAGGGGGAUACACAAAGUGCAUCUGCGUUGUACAGCUGUGUACAGGAAAUGCAACUCACUGUUUUUUUAAGAAAACAAACAAAAAAACAACGUUUUUCAUAUAUAUAUAUGUACGUGUCAAGCUCAGGCUGUUGACUUCCGGCUCCCUCAACGGUGAGAGAUGGAACACCUGCUACUGAAAAGAGAAGGAAUCUCUCUCGAAUCUUUCAUCGCUGAGCCGCAUGGUGCUCCGUAGGGUGUUUUUUUAUUUCAACAUGACAGUAUGUCAGGCUGAGGACACGGCCACGUCGCAACUGAUGUUUUGUUUUCUUAACAGACUGCCAAAAGCACAUCACGGAGAGGAGUGUAAUUGUAUAGUUCUAAAGCUGGGAUAUGGCCCAGUUCAAAAGCACUAGGACGCAGCAAGCUCAGAGUGGAACAACAGCUGGUUUACAAUGGAAAACUGUGAAAUAAGAAUAAGAAAAAAAAGAUUCUCAAUGCCUCUCAGUGUUGCAGCUACUGGACACAGCAAUCAUGUUCUGCCUUUAGCGAGGUCUGAAAAAUCGUCUACUGUAACUGGUGACUGAUUAAUCCGUGACUGUUAGUACUAAUAGCUGGUUGUAUUUAUUUUUUAAUAAAGUGCUUUCAAAGAAAGACUGACUCUUUUUAGGCUCAGAGAGAGAGAGAACUUUUUAAUUUUAAUUAAUCAUGUGUGAAAUUAUUUAAAGUCAUUCAACUGGAGCCAGUACAACUUUUUCUCGGUGAAAAAAAAAAUCCUCUAACUUCUUUGGGACGUUGCUAAGAGAACUCGGAGAGAAUUAAGGUCUCUGCAUGGAGGAGAUAUUUAUUGAACUGUGCCAGAGGAGCUCAGGAAGGGCUCUGAACUUGCAGCACCCCAAGAUGAACCUCCUUUUUUGAAAAAAAAGAAAAAAAAUGGAUAGAAAAGGAAAGAAAGGAAAAAAAAAAAUCCUCAAACUGGAACUCCUGGAUCGCACCCUCACCUCUCCAUGGGCAUCUCCUUUCAGCACUGUGGAUUGUGUCAGUAACUUCUGCUCCUAAUGGCCACAGCUUCACUGAGUGCCAUUCUGGUUCACCUUUUCGCAUGAAAUUGUGCAAAACUAAAAAGAAUAAGAAGAAGAACAGCAACAAAAAGUCCCAGAUAAUCCUGCACUUAAAACACACAGCAAGACAAAUGGGUGGAUGUUGGCAAUCGGCCAGCAUGAAGGGGGAACGUUUCGUUUUUUUUUAUUUGGCAGGUAUCAAAAGUAUCAUUUUCUAGUCUCAUCUUCACACAGGUCCUUUCAUUGUACUACAUCUGUUUGGUAGCCUGCUUUUUUUGUUUUCUUCCACGUGUAAAUUUGUGCCUUACACCCCUGAGUAGUGAAGUUUGUUAGCUGUUAAUUGUUACAUUGUAGUUCUUAUGAUUACGUAUUUCCCUCGUUUGAUGAAAAAGCAAUUAAAGAAUGUAGGUGUUCUUGUUGUUCAUUCUACUCCCUUUGGAAAUAUUGGGUGGGAGGGCAGGGGCUAACCACGAACUUUGUGAUUGAUUGAUUUCUGAUUGUGCCAAUGAAAUGCUUGAAUUUCCCUUUUGUUGUGCUGGCAGUGUUGUCCAUGUUGUUUUUGUUUUGUUUUUGUUUUUCUGUUUGUCUUUAUUUUUCACAGUCCUGACGGUGUUUCUACUUUCAUUUGACCAUAUGCUGAGUUAACCGGUGUAUUCUUGAGAAGGCCUCCUUGGUUCUGGUACAAUGCAAUAGGAUAAUAGCUAACAUUUAAGCUACAAAACUAAUGUCAACCCCCCCCUCACCCCAAGUGCUUAAGUCUCCUAAUAUUCAUAAUAAAACUCAGUUUCUAGGCAGCAAAUACAGGCUGGCUCCUGUGAAGAGAAGCACUUGAAAAUGUUAGGGAACAUAUUAAUGCUUUCAAUGUUUAUGACAGAUGCCGACUAAUAUAAUUUCUUAACUCUAUCAUAUUAUGUAAAAUGGGGGGUUUUAAAUGUCUGAUUUGGGUAUUUAACUGUUUUCCUCGACAUAUACUUUAUGGCUCACCUCUUUCCCAAAGGCACCAGGCACUGCUGCGUAGUCUUUGAAAACUGGUGAGUUUUCCACUGUUUCCGACAGCAGUUCCUUCCAAAAACGUAAGCAACCCAUCAAUCAGAGUGAAAGGAUGGGUUAAAGUAGAAUCUCCACCCUUCCUGGCCUUUGGGCAUGUGGCUACUUGGACUAACAUGUACAUAGAUGCUUGUAGGGUCAGACUGCGUUGACCGUCUCGGAUCAGAUUAGGAGUAAUAAAGGGACACUCACACUCACUCCUCUUUGCAUCUCGGCCCACAGGUUUUGAUGGCAUUCGUGGACAGUGGGCCCUUUGGUGUGCCUUUUGUCUUUCACCCCUUUUUGCUAAACACUGCUAGAGGCGAACCGAGUUGGAAAUUUUCAAAAUCGUUUGAAGUUUGUAUGCCUGUAAGAUAUUGUUCUGUCACAAAGUUUUUUUUUUCUUGCCCUUCUCCAAGUUCCUUAACAUCUGAUUCACAGGUAAAUGUAUGUUGUAAAGAAAUUCUCUUUAAUAAAUGAAAAAAGUAAUAAAAA